UUUUGAUGCUUUAGUUGCUAGCCCAGAGUCGACCCAGAAGUUGAGGCAAUUUUUUUGCUCAGCAUCGAUCCAAAAUUCAAUUGACCAUUGAAUUUUGAUACGAUCGACACAUUCAAGGAUUAUACACGAAACACAAUAAACUGUCGGGAUAUAUAUUCUCUGUAUAAAAAAUAUAUAUAAACGUUUUCUGGCUGCCGUCCGUUGCAGUUAAAAGUGCUCAAUAUGAGAAGUGCACUUUUUGUCUUGGGGCUCUGCGCUGUGGCUUUUGCCACCGCAUCGGCUGACACGCAUGUGCGUAAGGUUCGCGCUGUAGAGGGAUACUCCUAUCCUGUACCAGAUGUGCCAUUUGUUUUGCCGCCGCGCACCACUGUGCCACCUGUGACAUAUAGGCCACAGCCACCAGUGACCACUACGCCUCGACCAACUCUACCACCAACCACCAGGCCUCCCAUUCGUACUCCUCCACCUCCAACCUAUUUGCCACCCACGAAUAGGCCUCAGCCUCCAGUGACUACUCGCCGACCAACUCUACCACCAACCACCAGGCCUCCCAUUCGUACUCCUCCACCUCCAACCUAUUUGCCACCCACGAACAGGCCUCAGCCUCCAGUGACUACUCGCCCACCAACUCGCCCACCAACUCAACCACCAACUCGCCCACCAACUCGCCCACCAACUCAACCACCAACUACCAGGCCUCCGAUUCGCACUACUCCGGCACCAACCUACUUGCCUCCUACAAAUAGGCCACAGCCACCUGUGACGACGAGGCCCCCAGUAAUUAUCACCACCCGUAGGCCAACACCUCCGCCAACCCGUGCGACUAGGCCUCCAGUGAUUACUACCACUCGUCCACCAGUCACCCGUCCACCAACUACGUACUUGCCUCCCUCAACUACCCGUAGGCCAACAACGACUACCCGUAGGGUAAUAACCACGCCGGUUACCCGUAGGCCCCCACCCAGUACUGUAGGACCAACCUACUUGCCUCCUACAAAUAAACCCCAGCCCCCAGUAAUUAUUACCACCCGUAAGCCAACACCUCCGCCAACUCGUGCGACUAGGCCUCCAGUGAUUACUACCACUCGUCCACCAGUCACCCGCCCACCAACCACGUACUUGCCUCCCUCAACUACCCGUAGGACAACAACGACUACCCCUAGGCCAACAACGACUACCCGUAGGCCAACAACGACUACCCGUAGGGUAAUAACCACACCGAUUACCCGUAGACCCCCACCCAGUACUGUAGGACCAACCUACUUGCCUCCUACAAACAAACCCCAACCCCCAGUAAUUAUUACCACCCGUAGGCCAACACCUCCGCCAACCCGUGCGACUAGGCCUCCAGUGAUUACUACCACUCGUCCACCAGUCACCCGCCCACCAACCACGUACUUGCCUCCCUCAACUACCCGUAGGACAACAACGACUACCCCUAGGCCAACAACGACUACCCGUAGGCCAACAACGACUACCCGUAGGGUAAUAACCACACCGAUUACCCGUAGACCCCCACCCAGUACUGUAGGACCAACCUAUUUGCCUCCUACAAACAAACCCCAGCCCCCAGUAAUUAUCACCACCCGUAGGCCAACACCUCCGCCAACCCGUGCGACUAGGCCUCCAGUGAUUACUACCACUCGUCCACCAGUCACCCGCCCACCAACCACGUACUUGCCUCCCUCAACUACCCGUAGGACAACAACGACUACCCGUAGGCCAACAACGACUACCCGUAGGGUAAUAACCACACCGAUUACCCGUAGGCCCACACCCAGUACUGUAGGACCAACCUAUUUGCCUCCUACAAACAAACCCCAACCCCCAGUAAUUAUUACCACCCGUAAGCCAACACCUCCGCCAACCCGUGCGACUACCACUCGUCCACCAAUCACCCGUCCACCAACCACGUACUUGCCUCCAUCGACCACCCGUAGAGUAACACCUCCGCCAACCCGUACGACUCCAAUAAUAAUUACCACCCAGAGGAUAACGACCCCUAGGACCACCAGGACUAUUGUGACAACACCGAAGCCGACCAAGCACGUGGGCUACGACUAUCCCAAACCCAGCAUACCCUUUGACUUUUAAGCACCCGUACAGCAGCACAGUUAUAGCCGUCGAUGAAUUCAACGACGCUCGAAAGGCAGAUGGGUGACAUUUCAUUUCAUUUUAAUUGAAAUAUUAUUGUCUGAGGGAGGGGAAGCAAUAACUGAUGCUCUCUAAAUAUAUCUAGCAAUGCAAAUGCCAACCAUAUCUAUAGGGCUAGAUACAUCUAGUCAAUGCAGUCGAAAAGAUUUUUACAGCGUUUCAUGAGGGUGCUCCAAAUUGCGAUACCACUGAAGCGUCAGCAAGAAUUCAACUUGUUUGUUUUUAUGAAUUAAUGAAUCGCAUACUCAUACAAUUAGGGAUCACUGUAUAUGUAUCUAACUUUUUGUAAACUUCUUAAAUAUGUACUAUAAUACGCUCUUGCUAUGUUUUAUGUCUCCCGUCUCAAGACUAUUUAGCUCUAUGUUCAAAUAAAAUGAAAACAAACACCA